AUGAUAAGUGCAUUCUUUAUUUAUAAUCAGAAAGGAGAAGUGCUCAUCUCGCGUUUGUACCGUCAAGAUUUGAAGCGUUCUGUGGCGGACAUUUUUAGAAUUCAAGUAAUUUCCAAUACAGAUGUUCGCUCACCAAUCAUUACACUUGGGUCUACAUCAUUUUUUCAUGUUCGUCAUGAUAACCUUUACAUUGUGGCCGUUACAAAAUGUAAUGCUAACGCUGCCUUAGUGUUUGAGUUUUGUUAUCGGCUGGUUAAUAUUGGAAAGGCUUAUUUUGGAAAAUUUGACGAGGAAGCCGUUAAGAAUAAUUUUGUAUUAAUAUAUGAGCUGUUAGAUGAGGUCCUCGAUUUUGGGUAUCCUCAAAAUAGCGAAACAGAAACGCUCAAAAUGUAUAUAACCACCGAAGGCGUCAAAUCUCAACGCGCUGUGAAAGAGGAUUCUUCAAAGAUCACCAUCCAAGCAACUGGGGCUACUUCGUGGCGCAGAUCAGAUAUUAAAUACAGAAAGAAUGAAGCCUUUAUAGAUGUAAUUGAAUCCGUAAAUUUGUUAAUGAGUACUAAAGGUACAACAUUAAGAGCGGACGUGUCUGGGCAAAUUAUGAUGAGAGCAUACCUUUCUGGUACUCCAGAAUGUAAAUUUGGACUUAAUGAUAAGUUGUUAUUAGAAAAAGACACAUCGCAUAGAGGAUUAUCUCAGAGAAGAACUAAUGCUGUUGAGAUUGAUGACUGCCAAUUUCAUCAAUGUGUUAAGUUAGGAAAAUUCGAUUCCGAUCGAACUAUAAGUUUUGUUCCUCCAGAUGGUGAAUUUGAAUUAAUGAGAUAUCGUACUACAGAAAAUGUCAAUCUUCCAUUUCGUGUUCACCCGGUGGUUAAUGAAAUUGGUAAAUCUCGAGUUGAAUAUCGUGUUACUGUAAAAGCCAAUUUUUCUCCGAAGUUAAUUGCUAAUAAUGUGGUGAUAAGGAUACCCACGCCACUUAACACUGCCAGUAUUAAUAUACGCGUUACUGCUGGUAGAGCGAGAUAUGUCCCAGCUGAGAAUUCUAUUGUGUGGAAGUUACCGCGAUUUCAAGGACAAUCCGAGGCAACAUUGUCUGGCGAAGCUGAACUUUCUUCUAUGACUGUUAAGAAAGCAUGGUCGCGACCACCGAUAUCAAUGGAUUUCCAAGUUUUAAUGUUCACUUCUUCCGGAUUAUUGGUAAGAUUUUUGAAAGUAUUCGAAAAAAGUAAUUACACAAGUGUCAAAUGGGUAAGGUAUAUGACUAAAGCAGGAAGUUAUCAAAUUAGGGUAAGAAAAUUUUUUAUUAUUAAAUUUUCUUAUUAA